GCCAUGCAACCUGGGGGCUUUUCCGCGGAGACAGCUGGCGCAGGCGACUACGGGAGCGAAACAGGAAGCAUGAAGUCGGCACUACUAACGGCGACUCGCGACUCGCAUCGUUCCGCCGCCAUGGAACAGGCAGCUCAGGAAAAUGCGGCUGAAGAUACGAGCUUCUGGGAUGGAGGCAGCGCUGCUCGCAGCGUUAAUGGCGCGAGCAACGGUAGCGUCGCUAGCAUCAACAGCACCGCCAUCAGCAACGGCAGGGACAUUGUCCCUGGUAACAGCGCCGGCAGUAGCGGCAGCAGCGGCAGCGACAGCGGCAGCGGCGGCAACGGCGGCGGCGGCCACGGCCGCCGUGGUGACAGUAGCGCAAAGGCACCUUCCGCGAGCCUUCGAUGGAGGCGACUAGGCAAUGUGGUGUCGUUCUCCACGCGGCUGGCCAUGGCGUCGCGCAGUGCAGCGUCGCUGGACGAGAUGGGCCUCGUGGACGACACCCUCACAGGCCUCGCUAACACCGUCGCUGCUGCCGAAGCCGCUGCUGCCGCUGCUGCUGGUGUUGCUGCUGCUGGUGCUGGUGGUGCUGGUUCUGGUGGUGGUGGUGGUGAUGCUGCUGGUGCCGAUGCUGCUGGUGUCGAUGCUGGUGGUGUCGAUGCUGCUGGUGGUGAUGCUGCUGGUGGCGAUGGUGCUGCCACCUCAUCAGCGCAGGAGGCGUUUUAUAACGAGGGCGGCAUGGGGAGGGGGCAUGGCGUUAAGGAGGAGGGCGUGUGGGGGAAAGGGCUGGAAGCUGUGGCGGAAGGGGGAGACGCGGGGGAGGGUGGGGGGACGGGUGGGAGAAAGGAUGAGGGAGAGUAUGGGGGGAAGUGGGGGGAGAGGAAUAAGGGGAAGAAUGGGAGGAUGUUGAGUGAAAAGGAUGGUUCAGUGAUGGAAGGAUUGAGAGCCAAUGGGAGUGUGGCACGUGGACAGGAGCACAAGGAGGGAAGGCAGGGAGGGAGGAGAGGAUGGGGAAUGGUGAGAGGGAGAGUGAAACAGAAUCUAGGGCUGACGUGGCAGGCCAGUAUUGGCGGUGGCAGUGGCGGUGGCGCUGCUGCUGCUGCUUGUGGCAAGAAGGAAAGGAUUGGAGGGCAUGAGGGGAGUGUGACAGACACACGGAGGGAGGAGAAAGGUGGGGUAGAGAAGAGUGAAAAGGGGGAGGCAGUGGGGGAGGAGGAGGGGGAGGGCGAGGGGGAGGGGGAAGGAGAGGAGGAAGAGGAGGAGGAGGAGGGGGAGGCAGGCGAGUUUGACGAUGGGGAGCCUCCUCCUGCUGGCAUGACACCAACAGCACUGUUCAAGCCGCGAGGCCGCAAGGGCGUGGAGAGCGUUCGAGUGACGCAUGACGCGCGCCUCUACUGCAUCUUCACUGACGUCUAUGUCACCUGCCUCAAGAUGCCUCCUCUGGCGUUCUUCGUGGCAGUGUUUGCAGCGCCCAUCGCCCUCAGCCUCCUCUUCACCCCCCUCUUCCUGCUCGGUGUCGGCGGCCUGCAGUUCGAAGACGGCGUCCUGCCGCCCGUGCACCCCCUCACUCACUCCCACACUCACCCCCACACUCACUCUCAGACUCACUCCCACACGCACUCCCAGACUCACCUCCCCACUAACUCGCACACGCACUCGGACCCAUGGCAGGAGCAGCCGUUUCAUCUGGACAGCGAACCACACACGCAGCAGCAGCAGCAGCAGCAGCAGCAGCAGCAGCAGCAGCAGCAGCAGCAGCAGCAGCAGCAGCAGUGCGAGCAGCAGCCGUCCCUGUCUUCCACCUGCGCGCCCUCCACGUCCUCUCCACACACACCUCUCCUCUCUCGCGAUCCUCCGCUCUCCUCGCCCCGUCCUCUCCUCUCGCACCUCCUGCCUGCGCUGCUCUCCCUGGCCACCAGCACGUGCAUCCUCUGCAUCUCUGGCGUGCAGCGCGCGCUCUUCAUCGUCCUCAACGUCUUCCUCUACUCUGUGUCGCUGUCGACGACGUUUGGCGGGUCGCCGGUGUCAGCGCACUCGCCGUACACACUCAUCCUCGCCAACCUCAACACGCUGCUCGCCCAGUUCCUCUUCGUCUUCCUCUCCGGCGCUGUGUUUGCGCGCAUGUCAGUGCCGUCUCACCCCGUGCGCUGCUCCCGCACCGCUCUCAUCUCCGACCAGGCAUUCGCCCUCCACACACCUGCUGCUACUGCUGACGCUGCUGUUCCUGCUGCUGCUGGCCCCCCUGCCUCCUCCGCUCCAGAUCGAGUUCGGGUCUUCUCGACACGCUUUGUGCUGACGGGCCCGGCGCCGUGCGACCUGGUGGACGCGUCCGUGUCGCUCACCUUUCGCUGCUUCCUCCUGCUGCCCUCGGGCUCCGUCUUCUGCGCCGUGCACGACCUGCCAGUCGUCAAGGGGCAGGUGCCAUACCUGCAGUACGGCAUGAGUGUGCGGCACAUAGUGGACGAGAGCAGCCCCCUGUGGGGCCACACGCCUGCCACCCUGCACGCGGGCGAUGCCAGCUUCGCGCUCGUCAUCUCGGGCACCGACAGGGCGUCCAUGCAGCCCGUCUUCCACAUGCAGGACUACUACGUGCAUGAUGGCGAGGUGCAGUGGGGCAACGAGUACGACGACUUUGUCAGUGUCUCCGACUCCGGCGAGAGGAUACUCGACCACUCGCGCGUGGACGCCAUCAAGUCCUUCAAGGUGGGAGCACUGGCAAGUCAAGCCAUAGUGCGCAUGGCAGCAGCAGCAAAGCAGCGGCAGCAGCAGCAUCUUGACCAGCGCCGCCUCUUCUCCUGGCUCACCUUCCGCUCCACUGCCACUCCUCCUGCUGCUGCUUCUGAUACUGCUGCUACUGCUCUUGCUGCUGCUGCUGCUGCUGCUACAGGGGCAUCUGGUACUACUGGGGUUGUUGGGUCUGUCAAGAGGGAGAAAGUUGGACAAGAUGGCAUGGGGCAGGUGUUAUCUGGGGUUGAUCCCCGGGAUGGGAGGAUUGAACAGCGCAUGCAGCAGAGAAAGCAGAGGCUAUGGCGGCAGUGGGCAUCUGGGUCUCUGCUUGCGACAAAGGAUGACUGAUGUUCAUACAGUUACGGUGUGCGUGUGUAUGUGCAGAUGUGUGGUGGGUGUGGUUGUGCAUAUAUAUUUGUCAACUUAUACAUAUUAUCUAUGUAGAAGUUAUAGGCUAGACUGAGGUAUGCUUCUAGUGAGUACAAC